GCUGCAGAAGAGUGAACAAGAUGAUGUUAUCUUUCAGAAGAUGCUGUUUGUGCAUUAGUGUAUUACAUUGUAAUUGCAACGCACAAUGAUAUUUAAAGUAUUGGUCGGAGGUCCAAGGGCCAGCUAGCCGUAGCCUAUCCAUCUGGCUGCUCUGAAGCUGACCAAAUAGAAACAUCAGUCUUUCUGCAGGUGGCUGGACAUUUGAGAAUCACUCACAGACAGGACCUCACCUCAGUGCACCAACAACAACAACAACAACAACAACAACAUGACUCUCCCGAGCACAAAGAAAGCCCUGGACGGUGGCUGGGGCUGGGCUGUGGUGGUGGCUUCGUUCCUGGCCCUCUUCCUGGCCUACGGGUCCCCCCAGUCGGUCGGAGUGCUCUACCCAGAGUGGCUGAGCACGUACCAGGAGGGCAAAGGCAUGACCGCAUGGGUGGGCUCUCUGGUGUCUGGCGUCGGCUUGAUUGCAAGUCCCAUUUGCAGUGCGUGUGUGGUCAACUUCGGAGCCAGGCCGGUCACCAUCUUCAGCGGGGUCAUGGUGUCCGGGGGGCUGAUGCUGAGUGCCUUCGCACCCAAUGUCCAGUUCCUCAUCUUCUCCUAUGGCAUAGUAGUCGGAAUAGGAUGUGGGUUGGUCUAUGCUGCUACCAUGACGAUCACCUGUCAGUAUUUUGACAAGAGGCGUGGCCUGGCCCUUGGGAUUGUCUCCACAGGUACAAGCGCCGGCGGUUUCGUCUACGCCACGGGUCAGAACGAGCUGAUCGAGCUCUUCGGCCUGGGCGGCUGCCUGCUGAUCAUCGGCUCGCUGGCGCUCAACAUCAUCGCCUGCGCCGGCCCCAUGCGACCCCUCCACGUGCCCACCUACUACCUCAAGCAGAAGGCCGCCGCCCUCCAGAAGGCCGAGGGUCAGCUCCUGGAGAAGGUCGUGAUCUCCGACCUUGACCCCGUCAAGCCGGUGGCGAGCGACAAGAAGACGUCCGACGACCCGCCGACGGCGAUGGUGGCGGCGGCGGGGACGGAGGGCGUCAAGGAGCCGCCGGCCGCAGACGCGCCUCUGGCGUUGGGGCGAAGCUUCUCCAUCUGCGCCCUGCUGGUGGAGGUGAUCAAGACCAAGCACAAGUCCUACUCGAGCUACGCGCGCUCCAUGGCCGAGCUCUUCCGGGACCGCGUCUUCGGCGCGCUGUGCGUGGCCAUCUUCCUCUUCAGCCUGGGCGCCUUCCCGCCGCUGCUCUUCCUGGAGGACGUGGCGCAGAGCGGGGGCCUCACGGACGGCGUCAGCCUCCUCCUCCCGCUGGUGUCCAUCGUGCAGGUGGCCGGCGUUCUGGGCAAGCUGGGCCUGGGCGCGAUGACGGACAUCCGCUGGAUGAACAGCGUCCACCUCUACGCCUUCACGGCGGUGGGCGCGGGCGCGGCGCUGCUCGCCAUCCCCGUCACCGAGAGCUACGCCGGGCUGCAGGUCAUCUCGGCCGCCAUCGGCUUCAUGUCGGGGAACUGGUCCAUCACGCCGUACGCCACCACCAAGGUGGUGGGCAUCGACCGGCUCACGGAGGCCCACGGCAUCCUCAUGUUCUUCGGCGGUUUCGGGAUCAUGCUGGGACCUCCAGUUGUAGGCUGGUUCUUCGACUGGAUGCAGUCCUACGACCUGGCCUUCUACUUCAGCGGAGGCUGUGUGCUGCUGGGGGGCUUCCUGCUCUUCCUGGUCUCCUCCCUUCCCUGCAGGCCCAGGGCCAAGGGAGACUCCCACCCCGCCGACCCAGAAUACACUAGCGACCUGGUGGCGGCCGUGGCCUAAGCUACGGCACAGCGAGCGCUCCGGAACCGUUUGAAGUCUAAUUCAGCUACAGCCUGCCUCUGGUGGUCUGGAGGACAAAGAUGUUUAUUUUUGAAGCAAGGGAAAAGGCAGUGCAGUUUAUUUAUUUCCUGAAAUGCAGUUAAGAACGUUUGUUAUUUUUUUCUAGACCCUAGAACAUUAACGGGCUCUUCCAGCUUGUCCAAAAUUGUAUUGUGGAAGAGCUAGGCAUGUUGUACUUUACCAUGGGACCUUAGAAGAGUUUCUCGGUUCUGCAGGGUUACCUUGUUAUGGCCUUGUUUUCAGAGGCCCUGAGUACAUUUUCACACAUAACGUAAAAAGCUAAGUGACGGUUUAUGUUUACAAUUACAGAGGUUGUAAUUCAGUUACCGCAGAAAAAUGGAUGACUCCCUUUUUAAUCUUAUAAUAAAAUCUCAUAAAAUGCCGCAAGGGGUUGCAGAAACACUAGAAAGGAAUUCUUACGCUGUAUUGAGAAGCUGUUGAGAAAAAUUCUUACAAGUUUGAGAAAAAACCUUUUCUUUCUGAUAUACUUUAAUAUGCAAAACACAAACAAAUAACAGUUGGUGUGUUUGAAUGAGUAAUACAGUGAGAGUUGAUAUACUUUUCAUUUGUUUUUAUGUAUUGUUUUUAUUGUUGUUGUUAUUAUCAUUAUUAUUAUCUUAUCUGUUGUCUUUGUGUAUGUAACCAAAGUGAUAUGUCUUAAGUUGAUAUUCCAGAUUAGCUAAGCCUUUCUGAUUGAUUGAUGCAGCCUUACUGUCACUUGUGAAUACAGUGAGGUGAAUAGGUGCCGUUCUGCUUUGUCCAAUCGAGGCAAAUUGAGCACAAUUUAGAUUUGCUAGCAUCCUCCAGUCAAGUCACUGGGUUGAUUUUUGUUUGUUUGUUUUUUUGUUUGUUUGUUUGUAUGUUUUGUUUUUGUUUUGUUUCUGGACAAACAAACGAUAUGUAUGAAGCAAUAUGUAUGACGCACACACCAUUAGGUGACCUGAAUAUAUGUGCUUAUUGUAAUUUGUAGCCACCAUUUCGAUUACAAUGUAUGCUGUAAUUCACUCCAGCCUUCGUAGGCAACGUUUGCAAUACAUGCACUGAUAUGGUCUAAGUGUUGAUGCCAUUUUGUAUGUUCCUUAUCCCAACAUGGACCUGAAAAUAUUGUUGUUACUUGAAAAAAAAAAUGUCUUUUUAAUACUUGUAUCAUGAAACCACAAAUCCCUUUGAUAUCCCUGACUGAGAGAGCAGUCUGACCCAAGUCAUGCUGUUUUUGUUAUUUAUGUAUUUAUGACUCCUACAAUGGUUCAUUUGCCUUAUUUUUUUAAAUAAAAUGUCGACACAUUUUUGUA